AUGGAACAAAAGAAAUUCAUCAAGUUUGGCCUCACACAAGCGGCUCUCGAGUCACACGUCCAGCUGAUUGAAAAGGAGACACUCGACUAUCUCCGGGACUCUCCACGGUUCAACGGCGCGAGUGGAGUCAUUGAUAUUCCUGCUGCCAUGGCUGAGAUUACAAUCUAUACUGCUGGACGCGCGUUGCAGGGCGAGGAGGUCCGCAAGAAGCUCACUGCAGAGUUCGCUGAACUGUACCACGAUCUAGACAAGGGGUUCAGCCCCAUCAACUUUAUGCUCCCCUGGGCUCCGUUGCCGCACAACCGGAAGCGUGAUGCUGCUCAUGCUCGGAUGAGGGAGAUAUACACGGACAUCAUCAACGAACGGCGCAAGAACCCCGACGAGGAGAAGUCCGACAUGAUCUGGAACCUGAUGCAUUGCACCUACAAGAAUGGACAGCCAGUACCGGACAAAGAGAUUGCCCACAUGAUGAUCACACUGUUGAUGGCAGGGCAACACUCUUCUUCCUCAAUCAGCUCUUGGAUCAUGUUGCGACUAGCCUCUGAGCCUCAAGUGCUUGAAGAGCUCUACCAAGAACAGUUGGCCAGCCUCAGUAACAGGAGCGGGGUCUUCGAGCCGCUGCAGUACCAGGACCUUGACAAGCUGCCACUCCUCCAGAGUGUCAUCAAGGAGACCCUACGGAUCCACUCGUCCAUCCACUCGAUCAUGCGCAAGGUGAAGAACCCGCUACCAGUACCUGGCACAUCUUACGUUAUCCCCGAAGACCGUGUUCUACUCGCCUCGCCAGGCGUAACAGCGCUUAGUGAUGAAUACUUCCCCAACGCAACCCGGUGGGAUCCACACCGUUGGGAGAACCAACCCGACAAGGAGGAAGAAGGAGAGAUGAUCGACUACGGAUAUGGCAGCGUGUCCAAGGGCACUGCUAGUCCCUAUCUACCUUUUGGCGCUGGCCGCCACCGCUGCAUUGGAGAGAAGUUCGCCUACGUUAAUCUGGGCGUCAUUAUCGCGACCAUCGUGCGUCACCUGAAGCUAUUCAAUGUGGAUGGCAGGAAAGGAGUGCCUGGAACCGAUUACUCGACUCUCUUCUCGGGUCCCAUGAAGCCUGCUAUUGUAGGCUGGGAGAGACGCUUCCCAGACAACUCCAAGGGGUCCUUGAACUAA